UAGUGGGGGGAAAGCUUCACUAUCGCUUGUAGUUCAUAUUUUGUCCAUAGCUGUCGCUGAAAUUUUAUACGUUACGAGCAAAAAGUAGCGAACAACCUUAUUGCUUUAAUUACUUGGAGUCUUAUGACAGUAUUAGGUGUAAUAUGUCUAAAGGAUUUGUACAUUCUGUAAAAGUUCCUAGGCUUUAUAAAAUAGCUUCGAAAAUUGUACGAGAUGUUCAAGAGAAUGGAGCCAGUUUGAAAACAUUAAUUUUUUCCGAAAAGCAUCCUAAUGUAUCUGGAUUGUAUGCUUUAACAUUAAAUACUCUACAAAAAAGUGAUCAAUUAAAUCAGCUUAUUAAUGAAACCAAAAUACUUUUAAAUGAACCACGUUUCGAUCCUUGGUUAGCCAGAAUUUUAAUAACAGAACUUAUUUGGGGAAAGCAACGGUUAACCGGCAAUGCUAAACCUGUUGAAACAGUACUGAAUUAUGAAAGUCGUUUACGCGAUGCAUUGAAGAAUAUUAAUGCGUCUGACAUAGCCAUACCUCAAAAAACAGUAUCCAAACCAAGAUAUGUUCGUGUAAAUACUUUGCUGUUAUCAGUUAACGAAGUUGUACAAAAUUUUGAAUACGAAGGAUGGUCUUUAGUACUCGAAUAUACAGAUUACUCAUCUUAUUUGAAAUUAAUAUCAAAUUUAUCAGAACCGUACUUUACUAAAGAUUAUCACAUACCCGAAUUGCUUGUUUUUCCACAUGGAACGUCAUUUUUUAAUCAUCCGAGUUACAAAAAUGGGGAAGUUAUAUUGCAAGAUAAGGCAAGUUGUCUUCCCUCAUACCUCCUAAAUCCACCAAUUGGGUCUGUUGUUUUGGAUAUGUGUGCAGCUCCAGGGAUGAAAACCUCGCACUUGGCUGCCAUAUUACAAAAUCGGGGAACUAUUUAUGCUAUUGAAAUUGAAAAGAGAAGAUAUCAAACGCUAUGCGAAUUAUUAACAACGACUAAUUCUCAGUGUGUUAGGACUAUGAAUAAUGAUGCUUUGAGCAUUGAUCCAAGUCAUUGUCCAAACGUUGAAUAUAUUUUAGUUGAUCCUAGUUGCUCCGGUUCAGGUAUUGUUGAUAGACCAAAAGUGGGUAAUAAGGAUGGUAAAUAUCAGCUAGGACGUUUAAAAAAUUUACAAGCAUUCCAAGUAUUUCUUUUACGGCACGCUCUAUUAAAUUUUCCAUCUGUAAAAGGAGUUGUUUAUAGUACUUGUUCCAUAAAUCGAGAAGAAAACGAAGACGUAAUAGAUGAAAUUCUAACUAACGUUGGAGAUGCGUAUAAGCUUGUAUCGAUCGAAAAGUUACUGAAAAAAGAUUGGAUAAAUUACAGUUCAGAGGAUAGCGGUUGUGGGAAAAAAUGUAUUUAUGCUAAACCCCAAAUAGAUCUGUGUAAUGGUUUCUUUGUUGCUUUAUUUAAAAGAAAUUUUGAUGUUCCUUUACCGGCAUAUAUUCCUCGGACGUAUGAUAUGUUCAAAGGAGCGGAAUGUAAAAGUUUGAACGAAAAGGAAAAAAAGGAUAAUCAAGAGAACAAUGAAGAUCGGUACAAUGGUUCAUCGUCUAAAAAGAAAAAAAAACGUAAGAAAAAGAAACGCGCGGAUAGCGCCGCGGAGAGACAAGAAGAAUGCGUUGAUAUCGAAGAAAUUGAUGAUAAAGAUGACGCAAUUAUUUCUCAAGGAUCAUCGAAAAGAAAACGUAAAAGUACUUCCAAGGAUAUUUUGAUGAAGAAAUCAAAAACAUAAGCAAUCUGUAAGAUCUCUGUAUAUGAUGUUAUACAGGAUGUACAUUAAACAUAGAUUAACCUUGCUUCUGAGCAAGUUCUUUAGCCUUGGCUUUCUCCAGUUUUGCUAUUCGAGCAGCAGAUUUGCUACCCAACAAACCACCUCCCCAGUGACGUCUAAUCUCGUCCUGUCGAUCAUUGAAGUUCGUUUUAAUAGCUUCUACUAUUUUGGAGAAGUUUGCUCUAUCACCGGAAUCAACCUAUGAAACAAAUAAUAAAAUAUUUUAUACGAGCAAUAGCAAAUUCAUCUAUUACUGUAUUUUCAUCAUAAUAAAAUGUCAGAAUAUUAAGUUUUUUAUAUCAUAA